UUUUCAGAGCGAGAAAGAAAGAAACACAGCAUUUGGUGUAGAGAGAGAGAGAGAGAGAGAGAGAGAGAGAGAGAGCAACAAUGGCGGUGUCUCUGAGAUGGCUUAGUGUAGGCUCAUUGCUGGUAAUAACGCUGCUUUUUAUAAGCGUCAAGGCCUCCAAGGAGCAGGACCAGCUUACACAUUCAAGAUUUGCAGAGGCAGAGGAGUUGAAGAGCUCCAAGAAUGCGUCAAUGGCGGACAGGGCAGAUGAGGCUUUGAAUGAGCAUGCUGUCCAUGACCCAGAGGAGGUAGCUUCAAUGGUUGAUAUGAGCAUUCGCAAUAGCACUGAAAGGAGGAAGUUGGGAUAUUUUUCAUGUGGAACUGGGAACCCGAUUGAUGACUGUUGGCGAUGCGACGGCCAGUGGUACCUCCACCGGAAGCGCCUAGCAGAUUGCGCCAUUGGGUUUGGACGCACGGCUGUUGGUGGUCGUGACGGAAGAUACUACGUUGUUAACGACCCUAGCGACGAUGAUGCCGUUAAUCCCAAACCCGGCACGCUCCGUCACGCGGUGAUUCAGGAUAGGCCACUGUGGAUUGUGUUCAAGCGGGACAUGGUGAUCACACUGAAGCAAGAGCUUCUUAUGAACAGCUUUAAGACCCUUGAUGGCCGUGGUGCUAAUGUCCACAUUGCUUAUGGGGCUUGUAUCACGAUCCAGUACGUCACAAAUGUCAUCAUCCAUGGUCUAAAUAUCCAUGAUUGCAAGCAAACUGGCAAUGCCAUGGUUCGGAGCUCGCCAAGUCAUUUUGGGUGGAGAACGAUGGCUGAUGGGGAUGGCAUCUCCCUUUUUGGUGCAAGCCACGUUUGGCUUGACCACAAUUCUCUCUCUAAUUGUGCUGAUGGCCUUAUUGAUGCUAUAAUGGGCUCGACUGCCAUCACCAUUUCUAACAACUACUUCACCCACCACAAUGAGGUCAUGCUAUUAGGUCACAGUGACUCAUACACUAGAGAUAAGCAGAUGCAAGUGACCAUUGCCUACAACCAUUUUGGUGAGGGCCUUAUCCAGAGAAUGCCAAGGUGUCGACAUGGGUAUUUCCAUGUGGUGAACAAUGACUACACACACUGGGAAAUGUAUGCCAUUGGAGGAAGUGCUGAACCAACCAUUAACAGCCAGGGCAAUAGAUAUCUUGCCCCCACCAACCCUUUUGCCAAGGAGGUGACAAAGAGGGUUGAUACAUCGGAUGGUACAUGGAAGGGAUGGAAUUGGAGAUCAGAAGGAGACCUUCUGCUGAAUGGAGCCUACUUCACUCCCUCAGGAGCUGGGGCUGCAGAAAGCUAUGCCAGAGCCUCAAGUUUAGGGGCCAAGUCCUCUUCCAUGGUUGGCGCCAUUACUUCUGGUGCUGGUUUCCUUAACUGCCGCAGGGGCCUGCAGUGUUAACCCCCAUUCCAUCUACACAGUAGAGAGUGCCAAAAGAAAGAAAGAAAGAAAAAAAAAACGAAAGGAAAAAAGAGGAAAGGAAAAUUACCCAUUUUUCUUGCCUUGUUAUUGUUAUAGAACUAUUGAGUGAGUUUAUAGCUGUUUUACUCACAUUGCUUCUUUGCAUUUGUCCCAGUCAAAUAUUUGAAAGGUGUACAUUUUUCACAUGUAUCAUAUUGUGGUCACUUGAGAAAGUGCUAUGACAAUGUCAGCCUGCUCAAGUGCCCAAGAACUUCCUUCGUUUUUCGAUAUCUAAAUUUUUCUUCAAACCGGCCCAUUUGCUUCUAUAUCG